UUUUCAACUCUCCAGGGCUGGGUUGUUCGAAAGCCGGUUAACACUAUCCCAGGAUUAAAAGUUAACCGAAGAAUUCAUUUUCCUUUAUAGCAAUGGUUUUUACUGCUAAUGUUUCGUGUAGUUAGAGAUUGCUCAAGCUCAAAACUGAAGGACAAUCAAUGUAACCAGAAAACUUCAUCGAAACGUCGCAAAACUGAAAUCAAAAUUCUCGCUAAUCCAAGGUUAGCUUAAUCGAGCUUUGAACAACCCGGCCCUGGUGUUUAGAAAUGUGGUCAAACGCAGUGUUUUGUGUUUGAUGUAUUACCAGUGUUACGUCAAAUGACAUUGUAAAUCAACUUUGCCCCUUUACUGGCUAAAUUUCCAAGCUUUUGGUCCACACCACGAUUUCAUAUUAUUUAGCUGUGUUCUCAACACGGAAAUUCUUUCUUUUGUGUACUUAGCUAACUGGGUACCAACAAAUUUUGUGCGGGUGUUCCAGAGAGGAGAUAAAAUUGGCUGCGAUUGGAAAUUUAUGAUGGUUCUACGCUAUCCUGUUGCAGGCUUUCGGAUUGUGUUGCACUUGGAAUUCUCGACAAAACCUAUGAAGUUUGCAAUUUCAACAGCAAAUACAUUUAAGGGUAAAAAUCUCACAACCCUUUCUUAGCCUUCAACAUCUGAAAGCCCGGAAUAGCACCAUUUAGAGAAAGCUGUGAUAAAUAUUUAAGAGUAAAUAGUCUGAUGAAUGGUUUGUAAUAAAAUCUAACUAUUACUUUAACUAGUCCUACAAGUGGCUUUCUCGAAUGACAAUCCCACAAAACGAAGACCCUCAUAUAAUUGCCGAAGAGUACUCUGGAUCAAAAGAAGUCUGACACACCCAAAAGCACCCAUACGAUGGGCUCAUUGGCCUCAAAUACCUCGACUUUUUUAGACUUAAAGCUUUUGAAUUGAUCGUAAACAUAACCCCUCUCAUCUGAUAUCACUCACAAUGUGACCCGCCCAAUUCUGAUGAAAUUUUAUGGAAGAAACAAGGUGUGUUAUCUUUCCAUGCGUGGCUUCUAUCUGUCUCAAAUUUCUGUAGUCUGCGCCAUCUGCUAUGGCCCUACCUUCUAAAAUCAUGAAUCCGUCCCUGCUGUCUUUAAAGAAUCCAUAUUCAAGUUUACUUUCUUAUCGGCUGCAUUCUCUUCCAUACAAAAAGCUACAAAAGAUGAAAUGAAGGCGAGAAAUAUGGGUUAAUAUUGACCAAGGGUGAGGUCAAGUUGGCUGGAUAUUGGCUAAGUUCUUUUUUGCAUGUUUAUGGACCAAAACGGAGUCGAGGUCUAUAAGCACGCAAAAAAGAAACGAGGAGCUACUGACACAGGGAAAGUUUCUUUGGGAACCGGGUUUCAAUAAGAACCCCGCACUUCACGCACGGACUCCAGGAGAUGUUUUGUGAUAUCCUACACAACGUCGUACAUGACUAGAGCGGAGCCCGCGAACGUUUUCAAGAUGGCGACGAAGGAAGUGAAGACUUCCCUGCGAAAUGCACGAGAGUGCAUCAAAAACAAGGAUUAUAAGGAAGCUCUUAAACACUGCAAGGCUGUGUUGAAGGCAGAUAAAACCAAUUACACUGCCUUGGUGUUCUUUGGGAAAUGUGCAUCAGAGUUGAACCAACCUGACCAGGCUUAUAUGGCUUACAAGAAAGCAAUUGAAUCUGACGAGACACAGCUUCUUGCCUGGCAGGGUCUUGCUGCCCUCUCUGAGAAAGAAGACAACCCUCAAUUAAAUGCUGAACUUCCUGAAGUUUACACCAAGUUACUGCACAUGUAUGAGAGUGACAAGGUUAAAUGGAUGGAAGUUGCCACCAAACUUGCUGAAUUUCAUGACAAUCAAGGUGAAUUCAUAAAGGCAGCAGAAAUUUGGGAGGAGAUUGCAAUUGCCACUGAGAACACUGCAGAACAAUUAAAAAUCUGGACAGGAAUUGUUGGGAUUCUUGAAAAGAGACCAUUGGAAGAGAGUGGAAUUAAGAAAUUACAGGCAGCAUAUGAGAAAGUUGUUCAUGGUAACCAGUCUCAAGAGCCAAACAAACAGCUUGAGAUACACUUUGAAAAUUACCUCAGAUUUUUAGUGAAACACCAGGUUGGUGAAGAUGAUGAAUUGUUCAAUGAUAAAAGACAGAAGAUUUGCAAUGAAGCUAAAUCUAUGAUGAUGUUGUUUCCUACUUCAACGUUUGCAUUAGAAUUAUUGGGAAAGGAUUUUCUUCAGUCUUUGAUAACUGCACCUACACCAGAGAUGACAGAUGUAUUUCAGAGGCUGUGUCACAUGAAGCCUGGAUCUGGGAUAGGCAUGCUUGGACUAGGAAGUGUUUUGCUUCAUCAGAAAGAGUUUUUGAUGGCAAGGGCAUUGUUACAAAAAGGUCUACAGGCUUUCAGUGACUGUCCUUUUGGAUGGCUGUCAUUCUGUCAAUCACAGCUCAGUCUUCAUGACUAUCAAGGAGCUGUAAAAAGUGCAAAGAAAGGUCUUGACUGUAUAAACUCAUCCACACCUGAUAACAGACAGAAACUGCAGAGAAUGUUGAGCUUAGCCAAAGCAGAGGCUCUUCAAAAACAGGGCCCAGCAACUGCAACAAUGGCAAGAGACAUUUAUGAGAAGUUGUUGUCAGAUGUCACAGCUGAAGAGGAGGUGGAUACUCUAACUGGACUUGGUCAAACAUUGCUUACUCUUGGCGAUAUUACACAGGCAACACAGAUUUGUGCCAAAGCUUUGAGCAUUGAUAAGAGUUAUCCCUCAGCUCUGGCUUUGCAGGGUCAAAUCAGCUUUCGGGAAGGGUAUUUUGAUGAUGCAGAAUUGAGGUUUUUGGAAGCAAUAGAGAGGAAUAAGGACUGUGCCUUUUAUUAUUUUCUUCUUGGCAAGUUGUACUGGGAAAUGAAUGGAAAUCUUAGAGCUGACAAGAAAAAGUGCCUUGCUCAGUUUUUAAAGGUAGAAGUCACAAAUAAAACAACAUAACUUGAAUUCUGAUAAACUUGCGAGCAGCGCAGAACAUAGAUACAAGACCCCUUGAUCUCAGUCUCACUUCGGAAAACUUGACUUUGCUGAUUACCAUCAGAACUACUUUAGCAAGUCAGAAUAAAUGGUAGAUGAUUGCCAGUAUAGGAGGCACACAUAUUUAAGCUAACAAGGUAAUAUUAUAUUUUAUUAAAAACUGGAUCAUUGGAUAAUGCAAUUAGAGAGUUUUCAUUGGCUUAGCCAUCAUGGGUUAUGAACCAUUACACCAUGCUCCACAAAUAUGCUAAGCAUACGUGUGAGCUUUUGGGGGUGUUUUUAUUUUAAUUUUAGAUCAGUUUUCUAUAUUUUGGGGGCGUUUUUAAUACACCAAUUAUUCCACUCGUGCUUGUUCCACAUAUGAGAUGAUUAUAGCCAAUGAGGUGCAUAGCACCUUGUUGGCCAUCUACCAUCUCAUAUCCAAUGCGUUCUUGCAGAAUAAUUGUUAAAUAUAAUAAUUUAAAUAUUUUAAUAAUUGUUGUCAAUGGACUGUGACAUGCUUGUCUUCUUUCCAAAAAUGUCCCAGCCAA